CCAUAACAGCGAAGGCAUCAUUCGUGGCAUCGCCAACGCCGAGUCAACUGGUUUACGAAGUGGUCGCGGCACUCCGCGGACCACGGCGCGCGUAUAUCGAACGCAAGGAGCUUGCACACCCAACAAACGUCCGGCGCUCUUUUAGUUUUCGACGCGCUUGCCUUAUAGUCGCACACACACCUUGUGCUUUGCGUACCAUUAGCGUACGCACGAAGGAAAGUGAGUAUUUGCAACGAAAGUUUUCAGUGCAUAAAAGUGAGCAACGUGACUUACCGUCAAGUCGCCGCGGUGAACACGCGCGCGCGCGAGCGCUCAGACGACUAUAAGUUGUCUUGUCAACGCGAUGAGCACACCUUUUGGAUGUUGAAGCAUUCUGCAAGACUUAAGUCAUUGUUGCGCGUGUGAUUUAAGCGCGUCUUUUGACAUUUUACAAGAGACAAGACGUAAAUCAUCAUUUUGGUGGUGUGCAGUGUGCUGGUUAUUUUUGCUCUGGGUGUUUACAAAGUGUGUUUGUGCAUUAAUCGUUCAUAAAUAAUCCGCGGGUAACGUAAGAAGACGAAGCGCGCGAUCGGUGUGUAUCACAAAAAAACCAAACAACUGCGCUGUUGCCGCCUGUUGCCUGCUGGCACUCUCCUGCUGGCCUCACCUUUUCUCUCUCCGCGCUCCGACCGGCCGGACGACGAUCAUCGGCGCUGCUUACGGUUUAUGCCAUUCGCGCGGACCUGCAUUGCAUACGGCGCUAAACAACGCCUGCUGACAAACUCGAAACUCUCACCGCUGUGAGAACGCCCGCGAAUGCGAAUGCCGAGACGGACGUUUGGGCGCGUCUCUCAAACAAACUCAGACCACACUGUCGGGAUCGGCAUCCUGCGUGGUCAUUUCGCCAGACAAUCUUUCCCAGCGGAAGUACGCCUGAGGGAACGGCGGGAAAUGCGGCAGUCCAGUUGAAAUCGAAUUUCCUUGGUGGUUUUUCUAUUGAUUUUUUCGCGCUCGUGACUUGACGUGCUCUAAAUAUAACUUGUAGGUAGUUCCUGCUUCUUACAAGCUAACACAGUGACACGCAUUUCGUAUACGAGUACAACCGGGGGGUGUUCAUAGUAAGACCUUGACUAGGAAAGGUUUAGUGAAUUAGUGUUGCUGAGAUUUGGCUCUAGUGAUGGUGAUUUUUGUUCGAAUGGGAUUAAUAUGAUGAGUGGAAAUGGCGGAAAACUACAAGCCUUUAUAUUCGACGUGUGUUGCUGUGCUGGGAUUCGUCUGUUUUGUCAUCGGUGCCACAGCUGUGGGCUUGCCAUUAUGGGGAUACUUUGACAGUGGAACAGGUUUCCCGGGUGAUGAACGAGGAUAUUUUGGACCAUGGAAGACUUGCAAAAUGCUCCUGUAUCAUCGGGAGAGAUGCGGAAAAGACGACUCAAGAUUUCGUCCAUCUGUCGUCGUAUGGGUGGCCGGUUUGAUGGCAGCGAUCGGCGUCGCCGUGCUUGGUGUCUUCUGUUUCCUGAGUGUCCUCCAGCUCGCCAUGCUCAGUUCCAAGGAGAAAGUCGUGAUGAAAUACAGUGUGGUGGUUAUUCUCAAGUUGGCCCUUGGACUACUAGCAACACUGCUCGCCAUCGCCGCCGCCGGUUUGUUCGCCAUGCAAGCGGACGAACGCGACAACAAUGGUUUCCACAUUACUCGGGGGCCGGCGUUUUACAUACAGAUUAUGCUAAUACUGUUGAACGCCAUUCUCUUCGUUAUGUCAUUGUAUGACAUGCUGUUCGCGAGGAAGGAGGGUGGCGAUCCAACGAAAACUGCCGUCAGCGUCGAAUCGACGACUUAUGGCAAUCCUGGUUUUCGGGAACGGCCGCCAGCGUCUGCCAGCGGGAUAUCGAUGACAGACGCCAGCGCAAAAAUGUUCGCGUCGAACGGCAGCAUGAUGUCGAUGAACACAACGUCGACGACAAUCGGCUCGAACGGCUCGACGUUGUCGUCGGUGACGCGUUCACCACCACUGCGCUCCAGCCUUAAGAAACCCAAACCGAAGGACGGGCUGGGUAUACAGAAUCCGGGCUACUCCGGCCACUCGCCGACCUUCUCCCGCAACGGCAGCAUGAAGAAGGUGCGGAUACAGACGCACAGCACCGAGGUGUAGGCGGAGAAAUCGAUGCGCCACGCGCCGUCAGCGAAUGAUAAGCAACAAGUAUAGAAAACGAACUAGUACAUAUAUAUAUAUCGCACGCGCACAAUACCAAAAGGGUGAAAAGAAUUUAUAGAUAUACAAAAUAAGAAGAAUGAUAUUCCGUCCAUUUUUAUCUUAAAACUCUUUGAAAUAUGCAUUAUGUUUACUUAACAUUCAAGUCAAAUAAUGUCAAACACACACGUCCGCAAAAUUGCUAGGAGUAUUUAUUGUCUCGUUUUAUUUUUGUGAUUUAUAUUUUUAUAUAUUGUCUGCAUAAGAAAUUUUAUCGCUCUUUAUUGCAUAUUAUUAUAAAUAAUAUUUUUGUUGUUCAGUGCCCAUUCCAAGAAUGGGACGAUUUUAGAUUUUAUUGUUCUUUUAAAUAUCUCUAACUAGAAAUUAUUGUAUGUUCUUGUUUUCGGCCACUCUUAUUUAGCGCUUGUACGAAACUUUGUGGCACUGCAAGAAGAGCAACUGUCGUCUCGUAGUUGAGAAACAAAACGCUAAUUACGGAAUACUAAUUAGCCUUUGCAGUGCAAUUAGUAAUACUUUAUAUAUUCUGGCAUCUCUGUACAUAAAUAAUGAAUGCUUUAUGCAAAUGACUACGAAUUAGGCGGUGGAACAUGGAGGAUAACACCGCCGCCGAAGGGAAAAUGACGAAACCAGCGGAAACUGCGAACUGCUGAUUUGACGGAAUCCGUUAUCGUUAACGCUAACGUUGAAAAAGGUUAAACGAGAAGCAAUUAAUUCUGCUAUAACGAUUCUACCGUUCCACGUGUAAUGUAACAAAUAAAACAUGAAUAACAACGUCGAUUUGUUGACUUGAAAUUGUGAUAAACAAUGUAAACGUGGGCAAAGACACAAAACUACAAAUAAAGUGCCGAAAAUUUUUACAUUUUACACAAAUUACAAAUAAUUAAUGCGAGGAUUAUUAAAUACUAUAGGAAGAAAUGAUUUCAUCAUUCGAAUAGAAAAAUGCAUCAAAUGCAUAUAAAUCUAACAAAUUGUUUGUAUGUUUAUUACGAAUAAAUAUUAUAAAAAUAUAA